CAUUCGCUUGAUCUUCACAUAAAAUUUUAAUCUUAUUUUCCAAGUUUCUUUUUUUCGUCAAAUUGCUAGUUUUCCCUUCUCUGUAUUGUUUGAAUGGAACAUAGCAAUGGAAUUGGUGCUGGUGGCAGAACAACUAUUUCCAAGAAAUUGACUAUCAAAGAUGCUUUAUUAUAUUUGAAGGAAGUCAAAGACAUCUUUCAAGACCAAGAAGAAAAGUAUGAAAUGUUCCUUGGCAUCAUGAAAGAUUUCAAGGCUCGAAGGAUUGACACUAAUGGUGUUAUAGAAAGGGUGAAGGGGUUAUUCAAAGGGCAUAACAAUUUGAUUUUGGGAUUUAACACUUUCCUACCAAAGGGUUAUGAGAUAACAGUUGAUCAAGAUAGACAAUUUUUGGCUUAGGGAAUUUAUAACAUCUCCACCUUGUGAUGAUGUUCUUGAAAAGGUUGUAGAAGAUAGAAAGUUAUCAUUAAAAAGGCUAUCUAGAAGGGUGAUGGCCCAUGACCUAGAGUUAAAAGGGGCAAAAAAAAUAAUAAAAAGUUUGUAUAGUUAUCCAACAAUUUUUUGUAUGGUUUUAUGUUGUUUUCAUAAAUGGAUUGAAAGUUGUUGGGUUUCUUUUUUGACGUACUACAUUCAAAAGUUCAUGUUAAAAUGAAUUUUCAACUCAUUGUGUAACAUAUCAAUAUGCAAUGAACCUAUGUGAAUCUUAGCUACUGAUUUCCUUAAGCAAAACUUCACAUUUCCUUCACUUUCUUUGUGUAAACUUGAAGAUUGUGGUUUUGCUUUUAACAUUAAU